AGCAGGUGGGAGGGGCCUGUGGGUGCCGGCUCCAGGAAGCCCCCCUGGCCCCCAGCUCUGAACUCGCACCCAGCAGCUGAGCAGUGGGCAGAGAAAGGCUGCCUGGCCCUGUCCACCGUGUCCAGCUCACAGACGGGGAAGCGGAGCCUGCCUCGCCCUGCACCCUGGGUGACACCUUAGAGGGGGGAGGGGGACGGGAACAUGUCCCCUGUACGACGCAGCCCCAGCAGAGGACAGUGCCAACCGUGUCCCUGGACCAGAGGCCCCGACCCGUGGGGCUCAAAGGCCAAGGAGUCUCCGCACACAGGGGUGGCCCUGGGCCUCCCCUGCUCCCCUGACCUGGGCCUCGGCCUCCCCGUCUGCGAGGUGCGCUGCUGUGGCCCUGUGGUGCUCAGGCCGUGUGCCCAGUCACGGGAGGCCCACGCCCGUCCCUCCAUGGGUCCCCUCCGUGGCUGGCAGAGACCGUGGCAGAGCCACGCGACAGACUCACUCAGCACCAAGAGGAAAUGCGCCAUCGGGCCGUGGGCAGCCACGGGACCCUCGAAUCUUGACCAAGUGAAGCCAGGAGCUGCGAGGGCCACUGCUUCCCGAGGCCACCCGACGUCACCCUGCUGGGAAGGAAGAGUCCAGAGUGAAGAGAGGGGUGGCUGCUGGGGACAGGGACAAACGGGCACACGGAGGACACCGAGGGCCGUGAAGGCCCCUCUGUGACACUGAGAUGGCAGAGGCAUGCCACCACGCCCUGGGACAGCCCACGGAACACACAAGGCACGUGACUCGCAAGGCGACGUUGGGUCCCAUCAUCGAGGACGAGGACCUGACAAACGUCCCACGUCAACGCGGGUGUCAGCGGCUGGGGAGGGAGGGGACGGAGCUCUCCGCUGUCCGCAAGUUUUCUUCAUUCAGGAAGUUUUCAGUCGACACGGGAUACUUACGGGGUGACCCCUUGAGGGUCCAGUGUGUGCCAACAGUCACGGCCACCUUGGGGCAGAGCCGUCCUGCUCUCGUUUCCACAGACCUCUCGCUGGCCUCAAGGAGGGAAGGCUGUAGCUGGCCGGGGUGGCCGUGACCACUGCUCCUCGGAGGCUGAGGCAGGAGGACCCCAAGUUUGAGGCCAGCCUGGGCCACUCGGCGAGAACCCACCUUCAAAUGGGGGUGUGGCUCUGUGGCAGUGCCCCCCGGCCUCAUCCCCAGUGCCAACUAGGCCUGGGGACACCCCUCCCCUGGACCCAGGAAGGCCCCCCACCUGCCCAGGGGAGUCCAGGGGCAGCUGGGCUGAGGGCUCUGGGCUGCACCCGUCUCCCCGACUCCCGGGGAGUGUGCGGCCCUGAGUGGGCGCCGAGACGUCCCUGCGGAGUUAGGACGUCCUGGUGGGAGACAAUCAGGAGAGAGACGUCCCCUGUGCUUCGGGGGAGUCAGCGAGAGAGACGCGGCCGGAAAACUGCCAGAAGAACCGAGGCCCGUGGGGACGUGACAGCCUCGUUCUCACCACUGGAACGUGAACUUGAACCUCCUUGGUCACAGGUGCUCCUAGGGUCUGGGCCUGGGGACAGAGGCCUUCCCCACCAGGCCAGCUGGGCCUUCCACCCUCGCUGGGCAGAACCUCGGGGCUCUAGCAGGAUCACGUGGCUUCUCCAACCCCCAGGACAGGGCUUGGAGGAAGGGACUGUCCCCUCCAUUUUGGAAGGGGAAACCCGAUACCGGCUUCUCCCCCAGGGAACCGACCACUUCCUUCCAAGUGACCCCCGGGAGCCUCCGCCAUCUGUUCCAACUCCCCAGGGGCCACUCUGCUCAGCAGAGCCUCGUCCAGUGGCCUCCCUUCCUUCCGCCCCAUCCCAGAGAGCACUUGGCGGGCGAGAGGGAGCCGGCCCCACCCGUGAGUCUGCGGAAAACCGAGACGGCCGCGGCCGGGAGGGGAGGCCGGGAUGGGGGAGGACGCCAGGUGGGAACCAGGCCAUUCAGCUGCAGGGAGACCUGUGGGGGGCCGAGGAAGAGGGGUCAGAGGGAGCAGGGGAGGUGCUGGCCAGGCACCAAGAGGGACAAGUCACUCCAGGGUUGUCAGUGCUUGUCCCCUCAGAGGGCAGAAGAUCCUGUCCUCCCGCUCCUCUUCCUCAGGCAGAGCCACCUGGAAGGAGGUCCCAGACUUGGGGCUGGGGGACAGCCCAGGACCCCAGGCUCCCUGCCGUUGGGCCCCCUCCCCUGACCGCCCAGGACCCCAGGCUCCCUGCCGUUGGGCCCCCUCCCCUGACCGCCCAGGACCCCAGGCUCCCUGCCGUUGGGCCCCCUCCCCUGACCGCCCAGGACCCCAGGCUCCCUGCCGUUGGGCCUCCUCCCCUGACCGUGAACCAGGCACCUGCUCCUGCAGCUAAAACCCUCCCCACUUCCAAGUCAGCGAAGGGAGGCCUGGGGGCUCCCCAUUUUACCCGGAGUUCACCCCGCCACUUAGCAGCGGCAGCGGGAUGUGAACAUGCACGUGCACCACGCCGAAUGCCCACGAGCUUGAGACCCCUGGGAGACAGGGACAGAGACCGCGUCACCUGCGCACCCCCUGCACCUAGCAGAGCUGGGCGUGCAGCAGACCCACUGUGUGUGCGGAGGACCCAUGGGCAACCUGGGGGGGCUGUGUCCACUCCCCCACCCAAUCCCCUUGUCCUUCAGGACACGCGGCUAAGCUACCCUCCCCAGGCCCCUGCACGAGGCAGAGCCCUCGGAUGAGUCUGCUCAGGAGAAUACGGGCCAAGUGACAUGUGCAGGGGACAGGCCUGGUCCACAGACAUGUCUGCAAAAUUCUCCACCCUCUGUCCACACAGCUGCCUGGAUCCUGAGCACCGUGGGGGUGGGGGGGAGCAGAGCCUGGAUCCCCGGGAGCCCAGGGUGGGGGGGACA